ACACACACACACACCUCACGUCUGACCCGCCCCCAAACACACACUCACACUCGUGCUGGGCAGCGACUGCAGCGUACGGCUCCACUGACGGUCAUAACAGGGCGAAUCGUCUGUUAAUCACCAUAUGAGAUCCGUCAGCGGGACAUCAGACACAGAGACGCUCGAGAAACCGUUAUUUGCCGCAGCUCCAGGUGUCGUGAUGUGUCUGCGCGUUCUGCUGGCGUGUUUGCUGCUCGAGUUCUGCUGCGCGGCUCCACACGCUCACAUCAACCGCCUCGCACUCUUCCCUGACAAGAGCGCCUGGUGCGAAGCCAAAAACAUCACGCAGAUCGUCGGACACACGGGCUGCACGCCACGAUCCAUCCAAAACAGGGCCUGUCUGGGUCAGUGUUUCAGCUACAGUGUGCCCAACACCUUCCCACAAUCCACUGAGUCUCUGGUCCACUGUGACUCCUGCAUGCCGGCGCAGACGCAGUGGGAGGUGGUGACUCUAGACUGCUCCGGCAGCGAUGAAGCCCCGCGCGUGGAUAAGCUAGUGGAGCGCAUCCUUCACUGCAGCUGCCAGUCGUGCAGUAAAGAGAGCGGCCAGGAGGGGGCGCUGCUGCAGCUGUACCCUUCAGAGGGAGCGCUGGAGACGCCGGCGCUGUCAGACGCGACACACACGCACGCGCACCUAGACAUACACGCGCCUGAGGCGGGGUGACGUGCGCUCACCGAACCUACUGAACGAUCUGUCUCGCUCUGUUUUGAAGCACUUUUUCACGUAGAGAUCAUGACAUUAACUUUAGCACAAUCACUGAAGCUUCAGUCAGCUCUGUGAAUAAACGCACACACACACACACACACACAACUUUAUAUUACUGACGCAUUUACACACGUCCAGAUCUAUAUAUAUACGUAAUAUAGCCUACAGGAACACAUGCAAUCAGACUGUGUCACUUAUGUAAUCACAAUAAAAUGUGAAAUCACCUCA